AUGCAGUUCCUCGUCUUGACGAUCAGCUCACUGUUCUUGGGCAUCGCGUUCGCCUCACCACAUCUACAAGAGACCACUUCACUCUGCACCAGGGCACCGUCCGGCUAUGGAGAAUGCGGGUACGCCAACAGCACCACUUCCUCGACACACAAAACAGCCGUCUCAACCAGUACCGCAAAGUCCAGUACAAUUGCUGCUACAUCGACACGUGUCUCGCCGAUCACCACACCCACCAUGCCCAUCACCGUUGUCGCUGUUCGUGACGAAUCCCCGGUCGAUUAUCUUCGCAUGAAUGCUGCCGGCUUGCGCUUCUGGCUUGGAGUCGACACACUGGCAUACUGUCCGGAGGAGGUAGACGAGAUCGGAGGAUGUCCGCCCGGAAACGAAACCGUCUUUUCUCUUUGUAGCAUGGCAGUCGUUGUUCCAGGUGGUCAACAAAUUUACCUGACCCGAAAUGGAGAAAUUGGCUACACCGAAGCACACUCUGCGUUCAGACCAGCAGGGUCCGUUCUCUGUCCAUUCAGGUACCAAAAGAACCCACAAGCUCCUUUUGGAAGGCUCACCAUCGAUGCUUUUGGGUCGGACGGCUUCAUGGGAUGUCCAACCGAUGCAUCGGACUCAUGGCAGGUGUUUGCGAACAUGGCGAAUGCGACAGUGCCUAGGGGAAACGUAUCUCAAUGUCUGGGAUUUGACGCCAUUGCUAUCGACAGUUCUCAAAUCUUUGCGGCAUGGCAAUAUACCUAA